AGAUAAUAACAGUUUAACAGUUGAAAGUUGGAAUAAAAUUUGGUUGUAAUAACUCUCGUACUUAAUUAUUGCACUUUAUAACAUUUUAUUUUUUAUCAUUAAUGUUGUAACCUGUUGCCUUUUUAUUGGUACUAUUUGAAUAGAUCUAUCAACUAAUUUAUAAAAACCUUCAUUUUUAUGACCAUGGGAUUUGACAUCAAUCGAUUUGUUGGCGAAGUAGAUGAAGAACUACUUUGUCCGAUUUGUACUGGAGUGUUGCAAGACCCUGUUCAGGCUCCAGCAUGUGAGCAUGCAUUUUGUAAAGGGUGUAUACUAGAAUGGCUUCUUAGACAAUCAACAUGUCCAGUAGAUAGACUAUCAGUCAAUGUUCUUCAAUUAAGACCUGUGCCGAGGAUAUUAAAAAAUUUAUUAAAUAGACUUUACAUUAUUUGUGAAAACUCUAGUUAUGGCUGUCAAAGUGUUGUUAAAUUAGAUACAUUAGAGUCUCACUUAUCAGAGUGUGAAUUUAAUCCAAAAAGACCAUUUCCAUGUGAACAAGGCUGUGGUAUGAUAAUACCAAAAGAUGAACAUAAGGAUCAUAACUGUGUUAAAGAAUUAAGAGAAUUUGUACAGAAACAACAACAAAAAAUAAAUGAUAUGCAAAAUGAAAUGGCUAAAUAUAUUUAUGAAAUGAGCAGCGUUAAAGAUGAAAUGCGGGUGUUGAAGGGAUAUGUACGUGCAUUGCGUGUAUGUAAUCCAAGCGUUAGAGCAGUUGCGGAUGAGCUUGAAAGAGAUGAAAUUGAACGUUGGUCAAAUUCUUUACCACGAGCUAGAGUUACUCGAUGGGGUGGUAUGAUUUCUACACCAGAUGAAUAUCUUCAAAAUACUAUAAAACAAGCAUUAAUUGAAAGUGGAUGUCCAUCUCAUAUUUUAGAGGAUCUUGUCAAAAAUUGCCAUGAACGCAAUUGGCCUUCUGGUUUAUCUUCUUUAGAAACUCGUCAACAUAAUAGAAGACAUUAUGAUAACUACAAUUGUAAGAGGAUACCUGGAAAACAAGCUGUCAUUGUAUUACCUUGUGACAAUACUAUGGUCACAGAUGAUAUGAUGGCUGAACCAGGGCUUAUAAUGAUUUUUGCUCAUGGAAUUGAAUAGAAUUUUCCAUAAUUUUAUUAUAACUUUCUUUUAUUUAGAUCUCAAAUAAUAUUUUUUUCAGUCAAUUUUCUAAUAAUUUAUUUUGAUAAAAUUUUUAAACUAAAUAAAUUCUUAGUUACAUUUGAAUGAUUUUUGAGAUAACUUUCUUGUAAAAUAUUUUAAAUUUUUAUAAUUCAAUACAAUUUAAUUAAUUAAUCAAAGUUUUAAAUGGACUUGA